AUUCAACUGCAUUUACUUUGCCACCAAUUUCUACUUCUUCUGAUAUUGUAACCAGUUCUGAAUCUCAUGAGACAUCUGAAUCGUCAUCUUUGUCACCAAUUUCUACAUCUUCUAAUAUUGUAACAUCUGAAUCGACUGCGUAUACUUUGCCACCAAUUUAUACUUCUUCUGAUAUUGUAACAUCUGAAUCGACUGCGUAUACUUUGCCACCAAUUUCUACUUCUUCUGAUAUUGUAACAAGUUCUGAGUCUCAUCAGACAUCUGAAUCAAGUUCACCGUCGCCAAUUUCUACAUCAUCAAAUAUUGCAACAUCAGAAUCUACAGAUUUUACUUUACCGCCUAUUUCUACGUCAUCCGAUAUCGUAACAAGUACUGAAUCUGUUGUAACGUCUGAACCAACAGAUUUCACUUUUAACCCGAUUUCAACAUCUGAUAUUGUAACAAGUUCUGAAUCUCAUGAGACAUCCGAAUGGUCAUCUUUGUCAUCAAUUUCUACGUCACCAAAUAUUGUAACAUCAGAACCUACAGAUUUUACUUUACCGCCUAUUUCUACAUCAUCGAGUGUUGUAACAAGCACUGAGUCUCAUGAGACAUCUGAAUCGUCAUCUUUCUCACCAAUUUCUACAUCUUCUAAUAUUGUAACAUCUGAAUCGACUGCGUAUACUUUGCCACCAAUUUCUACUUCUUCUGAUAUUGUAACCAGUUCUGAAUCUCAUGAGACAUCUGAAUCAAGUUCACAGUCGCCAAUUUCUACAUCAUCAAAAGUUGUAACAAGCACUGCAUCUCAUGAGACAUCUGAAUC